AUGUCAGUGGGCGGGGUGUACGCAACGGAGGUGGUCGUAAAUUUACAUGAAUCGCAAGUUCAGACGACCGGAUGUGUCGUUGAUGUCUCAGUAAAUGAUUUAAGUAAUAUUCACCAAAAUAAGUUAUUAGAAAAAUCCAAAGAAAGCAACAAAGAAAACACAAGUAAAGAAGCGCCAACUUUGCGGAUUUUAAGCACAGAGCUGAACAGUAGUGAAACCAGCAAUUUAACUGAGAGUGAAUUGUUGUCUAAGCGCGCACGCAAUUUGCCCAACAUGGGCAUCAUGUCAAAGCGGCCGAUAACGCUUUUCGCGCCCGAGUCGAAGCCUUUUAAUAUACUCAGUCAACUGCAACUGGAUGAAAUACACGACGCUCAAGAGCAGCUUCUGCUCAAUCCGGAACAACUAAAGGCAGUUAAGAAAUUGAAAAAGAAAAAAAAGAAGAAGAAGAAGAAAAAGAAGAAAAACAAGAACAAAAAGAAACCGAUCGGUGAGGACGCCACCAUAUUCUAUACUCAGCUCACCACAAAGCGACCUCAUUACUAUCACACGAUUACAACCACCAAAGUGCCGAAAAAAGUCAAGUAUAUCGUGCGCAAAAAGAGCACGCUAAAAAAGAAAAAGAAAGAAUAUCUGAAUCACUUGAAGCAUGUUCUCUACCCGUUCAUCAAGUUUAUCGCCUUCUUUACGGUACUCAAUCCAUUCACAUUGAAAGUGUUCCUCUUUGCGCUCAUUUCACCAGUUGUCUUUGGGUUUCUGGGCUUUAUGGCGCUUAGCUUUAUGGUAAAACCGGGACUUCAUCUACUUUUCGAUGUGAAAAAGCGCGUGGACAUCAUCAAGCAAAAGAAAUGGCGUGAGAAAAUACGACGUGAACGUUGGCGCCACGGCCGUCGGCCGAUCACCAUACAUAAGCACUACUAUAAGAAUGUGGUUUUGCCACAACCACACAAACCGAAGCCGCCACCGCAUAUAUUGUCGCAUCCACCACCGCCGAGUUGGCCCGAGUGGGUGCGUUCGGAUCAAAUUAAUUUCAAACCAAAACCGCAGCUUCAAAGCCUACCGAAAGGGAUCUAUCGGAACGAACAUCAUGAACGAUUUCGACCGAAAAAUUUACGCUUUAAUCCAAUAUUGCCUGAGGUUAACGACGAAAUCGAGAACUGGCCUUAUGGAUCAACGCCAUUCGGUGCAAGACCACCACCGAAAAUUGAACACGAAUCAUUCCAGUUUAAACGCCCACGUCCAAAGUUGCGUCAUCGCAAUCACUUUGUUCCGCCACAUUACGGGAAGACAAAUGCCAGUUCACUUUCUCCAAGCGUUUCUGCAGAUUUUGAGGAUGCCUCCUUUUUGUAG